ACGGGUUCUUGAAGAUCUGGAUCCGUCUUAUUAGUUUUUCUUCUCGUUAGCUAAUCUGAAUUCGUCUUGUCUUUUGUCUCUCCCUUUAGUGUUGUCAGGAUUAUGACGCAGUUGAAUUCGGCCAGAAUUUCUAGAUUCGCACCUAAGACAGAAACGAGGUCCACAACAUUACGGAGCUGGGAUGACUUAAAUUAUGAUGUAUUGUUGGAUAUAAUAAAGAGAGUGCCCUGGUAUUAUAGGCUAUAUGUGGUGUGUUUGGUGAGCAAGUCGUGGUUGUCAGCAGUAUUAGACUCAUUGUCAACCCCUGGCGUGAUCAAUCUCAAGAUCUUGGAUUCCCCUGAGCUCGAACAGCAUUUACAUAAUAGAUAUUUUCGUUUUUUUAAGCACAUGCUUGAUAUUAAGCCUGCUGACUCUUGGUCUUCGUUGAUUCUUGGUGACAACUUGCUUCUCUCACACCAGUAUGCUUAUAUUGCUAAAAGGACACUCUCCUUGCGGAAGUUGGUUAUACCCUGUUCAGUGGGUAAGGAAUUUGCGUUUAUUGAAGCUGCUUUUAGACAUUGGAAGAAGUUGAGGCGAGUACAGUGUCCUGUAUGGUUGAUCAGACUGUACCCACGCAACUUUAGAAGGGUUAAGAGUCUGCGGCUAUUCGGCGUUGUGGAUGAUGAUGCAGCGAUAGCAGUGCGUGACAAAUGCCAUCAACUGAAGCAAUUGAGGCUCAUCUCAUGUGCUUUAUCAGUGAAUGCCUUGUCAAUAAUAUUAGACGGCCACAAAGAAUUGGAGUUGUUGGACACCCGCCAUAGCUUCUGUGUUUCCAACUGCAGAAUGAUUGGUUUGUGUGGGUUAUCAAAAUCUGUGGAGUGGAAUGAAGAUGAGAUUCUUCGCCAAAAGGGCUCUGGUAUUAAGGUGCACUUGAGGUGUGAUCAACGGCGUUGUGCUCGGUGUGCCAUACCUCUGAAGUGCUGCUUUCCAGAACGUAGGCUUCUUCCCGAAGGUAAAGGGAUUAAAAGAAGAAGGUAUCACUCGAUUUAAUUUAUGGAAAAACACACAUAAAUUGUGGGAAAUGAGUUUCCUUGAUGGAGUAGUUCCUCUGAAAUACAUUGUUUUGUGAUUAUUUUUUAUACGAUGGCAUAAACUUGAGAGCAUUCCCCUGCAAUAUGUUGUGUGAGUUUUCUUUAGCUACUUUUAUGUACUCCAAUUUCCUUCACCUGCAGCAAAAAAAAAAACGAGUCAAGACACUGUACUCACCAAAUGACAUUUGCCUCUGAAUAGUUAAGCAAUAUACUAGCUCUUAAUGGUUCAGACCUCUUACUAGUUCAGCACUUAAUGGUUCAGACCUCUUACUGGUUCAGCACUUACCUAUUCAGAAGUUGCCAAACAGCCCCUAAAUGUGAAUCAAACAUAGGAUCAAAGCUGAGGGGUGAAACACAAGCCUCGAGUCGAGAGAGGUGGCUCCUUAGCACACGUCUUGACCAGUAAGUAGUCCACCUCGUCUUCUUGCACCAAUUUGGCAGAUACUCCUCGGUGGGACACUGAACUCUCUCCAACUCACCCAUGUGUUCUUCCUCAUUUUAGCAAGACCUCUUGUUGUGUCUUAACCUUAAAUCCAUUUCAUACAUUCCAUAGAGUCGCAUUGGAGUGACAACUUGCGAAGAUAGACCUCACGAAACCCCCUAUCCAGUUCCCCUCAUGCCCUCUUACUACUCCUCCACAACGGUGUACCAUUAUCAAUUACUCGCAUCCACAACUUGCAUAGUUCGACUAACUAUUUUCCCGAUUAUAUCUGAAAAUCCAUAAAAAUACAAUUUUAAAAAUUUUAUAAUCAUAAUACAUAAAAUGUAUUUCAUAUGUGUAAGUAUUUAAGUUAUGUAAAUGUAAAUGACCCUUACCAACUAAAAAGACUUGGUCAGCAAACUUUGUUUUGAGAACAUCUUCAAAACUCUUAAAGUAGAAUCGAAAAUUAGGAAAUCCAUUGUCUGUUAGUUUUUGAAUCUUGGUCUUUCCCAAAAAUUGGAGCAUGCAAGGGUGAUUAG